UAUGGUUCUAAAAUUCCAAGACAAAGCACAACAAUGCCAGUGGUCCAGGAAGCCUUGGCACAAAAAAAGAACAUGGUCUAGACUGAAAUGCCAACCAAAUAAUUUUCUUCUAUUUCAAAAUAUCAACUACACCAUCAUGGAUACAAGCAACCCACACAGCCCAGUGUUUCUGGCAUUUCCUCCAGAGAUCACUAUUCCCAGAUUGCAGCAAAUGGGCCUAACAGCCACACCCUUUGUGCCUAGAAAUCUCUUGUCAAAAAUACUUGAUUCGAAACUGAAACUCUUUGGGGCUAUCCAGAUCGUGUUUGGAAUGAUGCACUUUUCUUCUGGAAUGAUCAUCCUUUUCACCUUUGUAGACCCAUACCCGCGGUUUCCCUUUAUAUUUAUUACAGGAUAUCCAUUCUGGGGCUCCAUUUUGUUCAUUAAUUCUGGAGCCUUCCUAAUUGCAGUGAAAAAGAAAAACACAGACACUCUGAUGAUAGUCAGCCGAAUGAUGAAUUCUCUUAGCGCCUUGGGAGCAUUAGCUGGAAUCAUUCUCUUCUCAUUUGGUCUCACACUAGAUCAACACUACAUUUGUGGCUUUUCUAACCAACAUAGUCAAUGCCAUGCCAUUACCACCUUGUUAGUUGGAAUUUUGAUUAUGUUGAUGAUCUUCACCAUUAUUGAGUUUUUCAUUGCUCUGUCUUUCUCAAUCUUCUGGGGCCAAUAA